AUGAGUGAAGUUUUCCCAAUAUCAUGUAUUUCUUGCCGUCGUAAGAAAAUCAAAUGUAAUAAGAUGAAACCAUGUAAUCAAUGUGAAAAGAGGAAGGUUUGUUGUAACUUUCCGUCCACAUUUCGUAAUAUUAAAAUUAAUGAGGAUGAGUUGGAUAAUUCGACUAUGAGUGGGCUGCAUUCGGACAACAGUGGCGAAGGUAGCAGCGUAGGUAAUUCAGAAUCCGAUUACACAGGUAGCCAUCUGGGAAAUUUACAAUCAAAGAGAUUGCUGACAUUAGCUGAAGAAGUGGAUCACUUAAAGACCGAAAAGACCACAAUUACUGAUGAGCAUGCUAAAUUGAAGAAGAAAUACCAGCAGUUGCUUACCCAGGUAAAUAGGUAUCGUCGUGUUUCGAAUAGUAAGAAUGAGAAACUGGAAUCAUUUAAGCAGAAGGAUCCUAUUCCUAUAAGUGGAGAAACCUCCGAAUUGGGUGAUAAGUAUUAUGGACCGCUGUCUUCGAACUAUAUGAUUGAUAACCUUGACAAGGGCAAAAAUAAGGCAAACGAUGCCGAAUCAGAUAGCAAAAACAAAGGAUUGGGGGAACUAAAGUCUACAAGACCAAGCUCAAAUGACCUGUUACAGAUGCAUGAAUCAUUUUCUAGUCAGGACAAUCAAGACUUGAUCAAAAGGUCGUUGCUGAAGAAGCCAUUACCAUUCUUACUAGGUCUUGAUUCUAUUAUUGGGCCAAGAAACCUUUCCAAGACCAAUCUUGAAGAAUUGAAUCUACAUGUAAUUUUUAAAUUGGUAGAUUAUUUCUUCAGUUAUCAUCCUGUUUAUAAGACCUUUAUUUCCAAGCAACAAAUAGUUGACUUUUUAAAUAAUUACUGUGCCAUGAAGGACAAUGAAUGGGAAAAUGAUGAUGAAUUAUUAUUACUUAUAAUGAUUUUAUUACUACUGAUCCAAAGACUUACGGCUAGAGAAUUUAUUGAUGUUAAAUUAUUGGAUAAUGUUGAAUCACAUCUUGAAAAGUUUAAGAAAGUGAAAGAUCACUUAACUGAUAUUUUGUACCAUAGAUUUGAAAAAAUCAGACACAAUUUGAUUAAUGAAGCUAUUGCAACGAUUCAAUCCUAUAUACUAUGCACAGAAUGGCAUUUUAUUGAACAAAGAUAUGAAGAAUGUUGGUCAAUGAUGUUUCACACAUGCUCUAUAUCAUAUUCUAUUGGAUUACAUGUCAUGGGUAAGUUUGGUCUAAUGGAUGAAAAACAACUGAAUGAAAAAGACGAAGAUAUAGCACGUUACAAAGUCUGGUUUGCUUUCAAGAAUAUUAGUGGUCAAAUUUGUUCUGUUUUAGGUAGACCAAACCCUAUUUCGUUGCAUGUCAAUUCAAAAAUAUUGAAAGUCUCUGAUUCUGGCCAUUCCAAACUGGAUUUGAAAAAGUGCCGAAUGCUUGUAUCCCUCAAAAUUGGACUUAGUGAAUGUCUCAAGCUUUCAAAUAUGAUGUUGAUCGAAAACUUCAUGAACGAUUUUUCGAUCAAGGAUUUAUUAGAAUUGGACGCUAAAUUUAGAAAGGAAAUUGAUCUAAUAAAGUGGUUUAUUAAUGAUAAGCUAUAUGAUAAUGAUAAUUUAGUUGAUGAUAUAAAUAUUGAUUCUAUGGAAGAAGAUUCCAAUUAUGUGAAAAAUGAUAGCGAGGAUUUUGUGGUUGACAAGACAAAUUUAUUAGUUGAUUUGAUUAUUUUCUAUAUAAACAGAGCCAAAUUAUUUCAACCGUUUAUUAUCGAGUUUAAGGAUCCACAAGAUACAGUUAUGGUUGUUAGAUCGUUACAUGAUUCCAUCUGUAAGUAUUUGGAUUGUUCGAUUUAUUUCAUAAAUUCGCUCUUAAAGCAAUAUGGUGAAAAGUAUAAAGAAAGAGAAUUUGAGUACUUAAAAAAGGAUGGUUUUGGAAAAUUGUUGAGAGUACAUUUUCCAUUCUUAAAUUCUUUUACUUAUCAAGGUAUGUUAGUUAUCUUCACAUUUUUGCAUUACAAAUUCAAGGACUUUAUAGAAUAUGAUGAAUAUUCAAAUAAGAAUGAAAUUAAUUAUUCCGAGUUCUUGAAGAAAUUAGAAGAUAGCUUGGACACUUUAUUGAAACUUGAGUCCAACUUUGCGAAAAUGACAGGCUAUCACAACAAGCUUUGGUCUUCGAAUAUAACCCAUUUGAUUCGUAGGAACAUUGAGCAUAUUGAUAAAAUCCACAAAAAACAAGACACUAAUAUUGAAAUUGACCGUCAGAAAUUUGAAAGUGAUCUCGAUGAAUUACAAAAGCAAAUCAACUUGGGUAACAUUCCCGAAUCUGAGUUUCAAGGUUUUAAUCUACGUGACCCAUUUUGGAUAACUAACCCUGAUAAUUUGCCGUACCACCUUACUUCUCCUAGCGACGAUGAUACACCUAUGCCUAAUUUCAAGAAUGAAUCUGAACAUACUGAAUCUGAGUCUAAAAAUUCGGACCCCUCAAAUUAUUCUGACCAGCCAAGACAACCUCAGCCUUUGCAUGCUUCCGAAGUAUCUUCGAAAAUGCUUAUCGAUGGUUUCACCCCUCAGGAAGAUGCAAGCUUUAAUGGCGUUUGGAGUAGAAAUUCUUCCUACCCAUCAAAAUCAUCUUCGUCCCAGUCUCAACAAUUUCAGCAUAAUUCCUCUUCGAGACUAGAUCAUCAGCAGCAACAACAACAGCAACCAGAUAUGCCCGGAUCCUAUGGUUUCCUUGAUAUGCCACAGCAGUCCUUGAACAUCACGCAACCAUCAACUAUACCAAAUAGCUCGACUCCAUUUAUUGGAAUAAUAAAUGAUGCUGAUUAUCCAACGCAACCUUCGGGGUUUUCUAACCAGGAUUCUCAACAAAAUGAUGUGGAUGGCGAUGGAAAUCCAGUUUUUAAUCGAGAUGCAUUUUAA